AUGUCAACAAAGACAUCUUCAUUGAAUGCAAGUGCCAAUAAUUCACCAACGAGUCCCAUAAAUAAUAGUGGGGGGACUCAGGGUAAUGCCACACCAACCGUAGUAAAAAUUAAAAAGGAGUUACCCAGUGAUGAAAUUAAGGAAUUUGCUGAAAACACAAUGAAUGAAUUACUGGGUUGGUAUGGUUUCGACAGCGUCGAUCGCUUGGAUAUCUCGGCGAAAACUUCGAAACUCCUGCAGACGGCCGGUCUAAUCAAUGCCCAACAGCAGCAGCAUCAACAACAACAAAUGGAGAGGCGGCGCAGUCGCAGUCAACGGGCGACGGCUUUAAUGCAAAUGCAUCAGCAGCAGCAACAACAGCAACAAAAUGAUCACUUACGUUCAAGCGGUACAUCAACCUCCACCAGCAACAACAACACCACCACCACCACUUGCUCUCGCCCGAAUUAUCGUGGCAAUGACAGCACCGCUUCGGAUCAUGAUACCCGCAGUUCGCGAGAUGAUGACUCAAAAAGUCCCCAUUCCACGGGAAUACUGCCAGCCACAAAUACGUUUGAUGAAAAAUCGGAUAACUGCUGCUGGUGUCGACGUCCCGUACCAGAAAACGCUCCCGAAUUCCUGACAACCUCCGAUGGUCCACGCUAUUGCUCCGAGUCAUGUUUUACACAAAGCCGCCGAGCCUCUUUCAAAAAAGCCAAAACCUGUGAUUGGUGCAAACACAUCCGUCACGCUGUCAGCUAUGUCGAUUUUCAUGAUGGUGCUACGCAACUGCAAUUUUGUUCCGACAAAUGCCUCAAUCAAUAUAAAAUGCAAAUAUUCUGCAAAGAGACGCAGGCUCAUCUCGAUAUGAAUCCACAUCUGAAGGAACAGGGCAUGGAGGCGGCCAGUAAUGGUGCCAAUCUCAUAACACCCGAUUUAUGGUUGAAAAAUUGUCGAAGUCGUUCGGCAUCACCAGCCUCAACGGUGUCGACAUCGCCAAUACCGCCAACAAGUGGGGGGUGUGGGGUGAGGAAUUUAAUGGAAAGAGCAUCGGUGCUAAGAGCAAAUAGUCCAGUGAGUCCAACGGCAGGAAAGAAUGGAAGUACAAACACGCCCUCUGCGGCUCCUUCGAUUGCUGCGAACUACAAACCCCUAAUCUCCGUGGCCCCAGUAUCGAAAUUAAUGUCCAAAAGCCCGGGGAUCAUAACCCAGCACCGACAAUCACCCAAACACAAUCGCAAGAAAAGACCUCUGAAAUCCUGCACCUCCACUGAAGGUCGCCAGGAACCAAAAGGGGGUAACUCUGCUACUGCUAAUCCGCUGCUAAAACCAAAAUCAUUGUUAAACCCCUUACCGGAGCCGAAUCGCAACAAUCUAUCCCAGACACCCUCCUUGACCCAGUUCGCCGCCUCCUGUGUACAAGACCUGCACAUGAAUGUACCACCCUUAUCACCGAUGUUGGAAAGUCCCGCCAGUUCCCAACCAACGACACCACAUAAUUUACCACCACCUGCUGCUGCCACAAAUGGCGGACGAACCACCAUACCGGCGGCAUUUUUUGCAACACCUCCAACACAACAUGGUGGACCACCUCCGCCCCCUGCCAUGGGUGGCACAUUUACACCACGACCCCAUCCACCACCGCCACCACUACCAUUUAUGGGAAAUCCCGCAGCACCAUGGCCUAGAUUUUUGGGCAACUUCAUGGGUAUGCCACCAACAGCAGCCGCACCCAGUUUAGCCGCCCCGCCAGAUUUGUCGGCAUUUAAUGCUUUGGUCGGCACCCCACCACCCGUUACCGUAAUGGUGCCAUAUCCGGUAAUUAUACCCUUGCCCAUACCCAUACCAGUGCCCCUGCCAGUGGUGGAUUUUUAUAAGGCCUAUUUAACAGCCGAUGAACGGCAAAAGUUCGAUGAAGAACGAAAUGGUAUUAAAAAGGAAGCCACAACAACGGCAACGCCAUCGGAUAGCUGCUGUUCGGCAAGUGAUGAACCCUUAGAUUUUACCAAGACCAAGGAAACGACGGAUUACACAAGCCCCAUGAUAACGGAUAAAACUGCCAAAAAUCCCCAGGAAGACAUGGACGACGUGAGAGAAGAAGGAGAACGACAAGAAGAACCUGAAACCUCAGCCAACAAUACCACAACAAAUUCUCCCACCAAUGGAAUUGCCACAGAAAAUCCCAAUAGUCCGAGGAAUUUGAAUGAAUCGGAGGAUCCGCUACAAAAUGUGGAAAACAACCCGCAACGAUUACCGAAAUUGAAAAUAACCCGAUUGCAAUCGAAACGUACCCUGCUAAUACAACAAACCAAAGAAUCUGAAUGCUCAAGGCCUUUGCGCAAGCGGAAACGCAUCAUAGACUGUGAUUUUCAAAAAAUCACAGCCACAACGACAAAAGAAACAAAUGUCGAAAAUAAUGACGAGGAUGAUGAUGCGGAGGAGGAUAAUGGAAAAGACAAUCAAGAAGCGAAGAAUAUACGAACGACGACGACAGAUAUGGAAACCACAAAUAAUAACAACAACAUUGUUUAA